AUGUCCAUCUCACGCAAGCGCGUGGGCUCGGUCAGUCAAAGAAACGACUCUCCACUGCCGCCGCUUGACAUCCAGUCCAUCCAAAUGCCUUGUAACCCGCAAAACGCACUCGCGCUCAAGACGGCGGCUUUGUCGUCGACAAAGUCGCUGUUCCAGAUGGCGUCCAGCCUGCGAAAGCGGCUGCGAAAUGUCGAGGACUUUGCGCCGUUCCUUGACCAGCCACCAUCUGCGCCCCAGCUCGACGUCGUGUCCCACAUGUGCCAUGUCUUCCGACUGGGAUCGUCCCUUUGCCACCUUUACAACAAGCUCAUCCCCACCUUUACGAACGAGCACUCUGGACUCUUCGCCGACCUGCCGGCACCUCCGGAUAUUCCGUAUGACAUGCCGAAUUUCAUGGAGGCGCCCGAAGGAGUGCGCAACUGGGCCAAGCGUCCGGCGAACGUCAAGGCGUGCAAGCGUUACAUUGCGACGUUCAUCAUGGCGAUGACUCAGCGUAAAGAGGAGGGGCGGUGGCACGGCGAGCUCUGGUCGCUCACGGAACUGUUCGGCAACACGGCAGGAGACGAUGAUGCGGCUUUCGAGUCUUACGACUCUGCCUCCCUGAUGAAGGUCUUCCUCACCGUCGAGGGCAUUCUGGACAACCUCCCGGAGAGCUCCAUCACCCCCACGACUCCUACAACACCAUUUGGUCUGGGCGGUGGAAGCCUCGCGGGCGGCAUUGCCCCCAUGACUAGCGUGCACUCUAGCACGCGGCAGUCCUUGGAUGGUGCCGGCACCGGGAACACCACGCCUCUGCUUGGCAACAUGACCCCCAACGGUGUUGUGAACCUUGAUGACGUGCCUGGUUCUGCCUCGGUCGUCACGUCCGAGGCUUCCGCGGUGUCCAACAAUGCUUACAAGUCUGUCGAAGAGCUUGUUCUUUCGGAGCGUUCGUACGUCCAGGAACUUGAGAUUCUGGAACGUUGCUCGGAUGAGAUCCGCAAGGCUGAGCUUAUUUCUGCCGACACUGUGUACUCUAUGUUCUCCAACCUUCGCCAGAUUCUCGACUUCCAGCGCAAGUUCCUGAUCAAGCUCGAGACCGAGUGGGAGUCGAUCGAGGAGGGCGGGCCCGGUGCUUGGAUGGACGGUCGAUGGGGACGACCAUUCGUCGAUAUGGAGAAGGAGUUCAAGUGUUACGGCCCUUACUGCGCUGGCUUCAUGGACGCCACCAAGGUCGUGAACGACUACAUGAUCAAUCUCAUGGCGGGCCAGCAGCUUCCCGAGGGACAGCGACCUUGUCUGCACCCCGAGCGUGAGCUGCAGGCUUUCAUGAUCAAGCCUGUCCAGCGUGUGCUCAAGUACCGACUGCUUCUUGAGGCCAUUCUGCACGCGACCGCCAAGCACGACUACCCGCACCGUGCCGAGCUCGAAGCCGGCCACGCCGCUGCUCUCCGCAUUGCUAAUGACAUCAACGAGACGACCGACCUCAAGGAACGUCAGGCGACUGUCCGCGAGCUCGUCGAGCGUGUCGAUGACUGGAAGGGACACGACUAUGAGCGCUUCGGCGACCUUCACCUCGACGCUCAGUUCACUGUCUCCAAGGCUGAUUCGCCGCGAGAGUACCACGUCUUCCUCUUUGCCAAGAUGAUGCUUUGCUGCAAGGAGGUCCAGGUCGACAAGAAGUCGAAGGGUGGCAAGAACGGCAACAUGCUCCGCAAGGACAAGACGAACAGCAAGCCCGUCAACGUCAAGCCGCGGCUGGCGCUUAAGGGUCGCAUUUUCGUCUCGAAUGUCACCGCCGCCCACCUCCUUCCCCCGACCGAGCCGUUUGGCAUCUCCCGCGUUCAGAUUGUCUGGACCGUUCCCUCUAAGACUGGUGAAGGUCCCGAGGACAUCGAGGACUCUUUCAUCAUGUCUGGAAAGUCCGAGGAGCAGAUGAAGAAGUGGGCCGAAAAGGUCAUGGAGCUCGCCAACGCCGCUCGCAGGGAGAAGAGCGCCCGCGAGCACGCUCGCACGGGCUCGCACUCGCAGCGAACAUCAGGCCCUUACUGGGCUCAGUCCUCCUUUGCGCCACCGACCCCUGCCGCGGAGCACUCGUCGUUCCCUCACGGAUCGGCGCUCAGCCCUACAUACGGCCCUGGCGAGCUUCCCGACGAGGAGGACCGUGGCCUGCCGCCAUCGUCCAACCUCAGCGGUCUCGGCAUGUACAACGUGCCCGGCGUUGGCCCCCAGGUCCCGACCAACAGGAGGGUCCAGAGCCAGCAGUCUCUGCCUUCGGUCGCCCAGGCCGAUGUCCGACAGAACCGCGCCAUGACUGAGGACCAGAGCGGACCGAACAUGGUCAUGUGGAAGAACAUGCAUACCGCGCCCCCUCUUCCUGCUCUGCCUCACAUUGGUUCUGCGCCGUCAUCUGCGGUGGGAUCCGAAGCCUCUUGGGGUCACGGUCCUCGACGACAAAUGACGGGCACCGAGGACAUGCACAUGCCCCCGGCCGCCUAUCAGCAGUAUAACCAGGGUCCUCGUGGCCCAGGGUCGCGGCAAAUGUCGCAGUCUGGUGGCCAGCCACCGCGAAAUCGGUCGGUGUCGUCCCCUAACGUGCAUCAGCAGGCACAGCUGCCUCCAAUGUCCGCUUCAGGGAGCAGCAGCAGCGGCUGGGGCGCGGCAUCCAACGGCAACGCGCCCUAUCCUUCUGGUUCCAAUUCGUCGUCCUCGACCGGAUUGGGAUCUACGCCCGGUGGAACGGCGUACUUUACGCGACGUGAGAGCAACGGCGAGCGCACGAGCCAGGAGUCGGAGACGACUGAGACUUCUGACUCUUCGAGCCAGAGCCCGCGAACGCCGUAUACGAACGCUACGCCCGGCGACCUCCGCGGCGCUACCCCUGUCUCUCGACAGAACAGCCAGGAGACCGGCGCGACCCCUUCCACUGUAUUGGUUAAAGUACGAUCUGGAGAGUCGAACUUUGUUAUCGGCAUUGCUUCAGACGUUCAGUAUCGCACGCUGUACGAAAAGGUCGUCAAGAAGUUGCGACUGUGCAGCGCCCGGCACGCCAACGCCGAUCUCGACCUUGUGGUCAAGAUCAAGUGGCUCGACUCUGAUGGCGACGAAGUCGUCAUCAAGACCGACAUGGAUGUUCAGACCAUGCUUGCAGAGGCUGGUACUGAGCAGAUCCAGCUGAUUGCGACGUGA